AUGUCACCUCCGAGCGGUGCGGCCUCUUACAAAAAGAAGGAUGGCACCUUAGCUAUAUCCACAGAUGAGCGGUCGGUCUCAUGGAGCCCGAAUGUGGCGGAAGCUGCCAAGACAGUCACGAUCAUUGUGGCCAAUAUAACCAGUAUGCAGUCCGAUAAAUACUCGUGCAGUUCCCUCGCUAACCCUCUUCCAGACCUGCAACAGACCCCCGCCGGCAAUCCCAAGGUCAUGCUUAAGAUAUUCGCCCAGGCCCCAGAUGCGCCCGCUGGCAGUUCCCCCGAAUCAUACACCUUCCAGUUCACAGCGGGUGCAGACGCUCGUGUUCAGGCCGACGUCAUCAAAGACACGCUCAGUGCUCGAGUCAACACAGCGAAGUCAGCUACGCCCUCCCAGACGCCGGCGCCUAGUGGGGGGUCAGAGGGUCUGUCAGCGGCAAUGGCGAUCGCAAAUGCCGUCACCUCUGCUGGAUUAUCUACGAAUCCUCUAGACGACGAGAAGAAACUGCGCGGGGACGUAGAACUGCAGCAGUCGCUGUUGCGGUCCGACUCCCAUCUCCAAAAGAUGUUCUUUGAGGGCCUGCACACCAAACCCGAGGGCUUAACGUCUGGUGCAUUUGUGUCCCAAUUUUGGUCAACCCGAUUACACCUCCUGCGAGCCCAUGCCAUCGAACAAGGCCAGGUCCGCGGCUCAUACAAUGUUCUGUCAUCGCUGAAGCCCCGCGUGGAAGACAACGUGACACGGUUGAACAUCAGUAAAGAGCAGAUCCAGCUGAUUUUUACGCAGCACCCUCUGGUCAAGCGUGUUUACGACGAGAAUGUACCAAAACUGAGCGAGCAGCAGUUUUGGUCCCGAUUCUUCCAGAGCAGACUCUUUAAAAAGUUGCGCGGAGAGCGUAUCUCCGAAGCAGAUGCGACUGAUGCCGUGUUGGAUAAAUACCUCCGGAAUGACGAGGGCACUGGACCGGGCAGAGACUCGAACGUCCACAGCUUCUUGGACUUGGCUGGAAAUGAAGGGAAUCAUAGCCAACGCCGUGGAAACAGGCCAGAUCUAGACAUGAGACCCUCCGGAGUGGACAAAGUGCCUAUCAUCCGAACCUUGAACAGCCUCAGCGAGAAGAUCAUGGCUAACGUCGCACCAUCCGAUGGCGACAUGAGUGCUCCGAUAGGUCUUAAUGAACAGGACUGGAAGAAACUACAGUUACAGGAUCUUCGCGGGGACGAGGAGCAAAACCGCAUCACUUUGAAUAUUCGUGAUCAAAGUCGGUUCUUCACACAUGGUCAGGAGGGGGAUCAGGCCAAGCAGGUUCCGCAGAAGGACCCAGAUCAGAUUUUACAGACACUUCGUGCCGAGAUUGCAGAGAGCCUUCCGUCAAAUGGCAAUACCCAGCUGGGCAGGCUGGUCGACCCAGGGGAUGACGAAGACGAAGAGAUGGAGGAUGCGCCAGCCAGCCGCCGGCCCGUCGGAUCCUCCGUUGCCCUCCACGAUGCAUUCGCCCAGAUUCUCGAAGCCGUACGUGACCGCCGCGCUCAAAUUAAUGAGAAAACUACAUCAGAAACACACGGCCUUUCAACGACACUCUUUGAUCGAUUGACUUUGACACAUGCUACCACCACUGAAUUCCUGCACCAAUUCUGGCAGGCAUUCCUUUCCGGUGAUCCCGAUCGUGCAGGCGAGGUCGCAUCUCUCGCAGAGUCUCUGAUUCGAGCAACAGAGCGUAUCAAGGCCGUUGCGAAUGACGCCGAGGCCGACCGUAAGCUUGAAGUUGACCGACUCAAGAAGCAUGCCCGUGAAGUGUAUGAGAGUACCGGGCGAAAGUUGCGGGUCAAUCUGGAAGGCGUGGAAGGUGGUCAGAAAGUUGUGAAUCAGCUCCUAGGACCGACACUGCAGGCUUUGGAGGUUGCGUCCAAUCGAUACCAGACCGAGUUGAGCAAACAGAACCAGGAAGCUGCCACACUGGGUGUUUAG